AUGCGGAUGGAGAAUCGCUCAGGAACACUGAAGCUGAACCUGGCCUUCGCCCGCCCCCUGCUGGCCGGCCUGGAAUCACCUCGGAUGGGAGGCGGCGGUGGCGGCGGCCCGGUCUCAGAGACGGGAAAGCCCUACCGGGGAAACCUCGGGCGUGACGUCAUCCCUGGUGACGUCACUGGGCCCCCGCGGAGUGCGGGGGUUCCGCAGAGGAGGCUUCCCCGGGUUUGCGCAGGGCACCCGCGUGGGCAAGGAAGUCGUCGGGGGCUGCAGCGCGCCUUCACCGCGCCCUGUCUGUCCUACAGGUUCCACGCGGUCCGGGGUGAGGCCCGCCAGCGCGCCUGCCGGCGCCAUGGGAAGGAACGGGCGCCGCUGCUGCUGCUGCUGCUCCCCACCGGCGCGCGCACGACUUGA